ACAGAAUGUCUAGCCCAUUCAGUGGCUGGGAGCAAGGUGCUGUAAAAGUACCAGCUAUUAAGUGUUUCUCUCUACCUCUAUUAUUUUCCUAGCAUUCUGGCAAUUCUUGUGAGCUAAAGGAGAGGGAUAUAGGAAUGUGGGAGUUAUAUCUUUGAAAGGCAGUGCCUCUGAAUCCUGUCCUGUGACCUGUGUCCUGGAAUGGUAUAAGUAGUUGAGUAACCACUGAGUAUUUGCUGGACCUGACUGGUUUAUAACUUCAGAAGAAACAAUGGAAAGCCAAGAAUUUAUUGUACUUUAUACUCAUCAGAAGAUAAAGAAGUCAAAAGUAUGGCAAGAUGGAAUCCUGAAGAUCACCCACUUAGGAAACAAGGCAAUUUUAUAUGAUGACAAAGGAGAUUGUCUGGACAGCAUAUUUCUUAAGCACCUUGAGGUGAAACCUGGAGAUGACUUAGAAAGUGAUCGAUACUUAAUCACAGUUGAGGAGGUUAAAGUUGCUGGAAGCAUAGCUCCUAAGCAGAAUGUCAUUAAAGAAGCAGCCGAGUUAAAUUCAAGGAGGUUUAUCUCUUCGGGCCAGUCCCUUGGAUGUCAGCCUUCUGGUUUAAAAAGGAAGUUUCCUGGCUUUCAAUUGCCACGUCAAGUGCCAAAGAAAAUGGUUGCUACAGAAAAUGGUCAACCAGCUGCAUCGCUUGAGGCUGAGAAGUCUGGUCCAACUUUUCUUUCUCCAUUCUAUAGCACAUCUCCUUUGUUUUCUACUGCUGGCAAGAAAGAUAUAAAAAAUACACCAACAGACCCUGAGAACAUUGUUGCUUACAAGAACAGAGAGAGAAAUGACAUGCCUUCUUCAAUUGUCUCUACUCCAUCCUUUAAGGUUAACCCAGAAGUGCUAUCUAGUGAGAAUUACUUUUGCUCUCCUGUCAACUCCGUAAGUGAGCACUCAGACUCUUUACUGGCAAAUAAGCCCAUGAAAAGAGAUAGUUUGGCAUCUCACUGUUUAGGAAUUUCACAAAACAUCAGGAGCAAAUCACAGAUAGUAGCUCUUCUAAAGUCCAAAUCAACUAGUACAUAUAAAGAACAAAAUUCUGAGAUUACAGAAUAUUUUCCACAGAUACAUCCACAAGAAAGUAUGACAAUUCCUACUAAAUCAAGGUGCUUAGUUCAACAAGAAAAGUGUGCUGAGGUGAAGAGCACAGAACGUUUACACUACCAGCAUCAGUCAGAAAAUACUGUAAGAAAUAAAAGCCGAUGGGCCAUGUAUUUAUCCUCACAGAGUUCACCUAUACAUUCUUCUGAUAUAGACGGAAGUGAUAUAGAGAAGAAACCCAAGGUCCAGGGAGAUGAAAUAAAUACAAACACAAAAGACCUUUCGGUACAAAAGAAGGAACAUUUCUUUGAAACAUAUGCUGAAAUGGGGGAAAAGUAUAAUGAAGACAAGCAAGUAGAUAAUAAUGAUCCAUCCUCCUGGGAUCAGGAAAUAAAUUUUGAAAUUCCUCCAUCCCGUGAAAGCUUUAGCUUACCAGUUACAUAUAGCAAUGCAGAACAUGAUGGCUUAUUAUCAGUACCAGAGGCUCAAGGAAAUAAUAAAAUAUCUUUUAAUUAUAAUGACCAAGUAUCCAUAAAAGGACCAAUUCUUAUUAGAGAAAAUGCUCAGGAGGUAAAUGUAUGUGGAACAUCAGAAAGAGAGUAUAAACAACCAGUGUCUUCUCUGCCAGAAGUGGAGCAUCUACAAACUGAAUCUUCUCUAAGUAACAAUUUUAGCAUCUCUGAUGAUAUUACAGACAUGUUUUCUACAAGUAGUGCUAAUAAUGAAGGAAUUAAUAGUAUUAAUGAACCUAUGAGUAAUGUAACACAGCCAUUUUGGGGAAUAACUUUUGAUCUGAACAAUUUUGAGACCAGUGACACUGAGAAGGAAUCACAGGAAAGCAGCAAAAUUUCCCAGGAUUCAGAUCAUUUGGUAAAGGAAAUUUUGGUUAAUAACGACAAUUCAUGUGUUCAGAAGAGAUGUGAGGAUAUAAGCUGUAAGGAAAUUGGCAGUGAACAUUUGCCUCUCUUAACGUCUAUUGGUGACAAACCUAUAAAGCCAUUACCUAUUAAAGAGACUCUGCCAUCACAGUUUAGUGCUAGAACUUGUGUGGAAUUUGACAAGGGACCUUAUAAAGCUGAAAACACUGGAAAAGAAAUAGAGGAGGGCUAUAAUGACACGUUAAGUAACUCUGACUCAUCUUUAGAGUGGACUGAUGAUAUAUGUGUAGAUUAUAAUGAGACUGCGAAUAAGUCUAUCCAAAAACUCAAAACUGUCUAUGAUUUUGCUUUACUCCCAAAUAAAUCUAAAGGCAUAAAAACAAAUUUACAUAUUCAUCAAUUUUUAAGCAAGGCCACCAGUCAGACUCCUGGAAACAAUAGCCAAUUUUCAGAAGACACUCCGCCUCAGCCUUUUAUUUUGGGAAGUCACUUGGACAAAAAUGAAGAACAGGUUUUAUCAUUAACCUCUAGUAAUGACAACAGUAUCCAGCUAUUAAAUACCAAUCAGAAUCAUUCUGAAUAUAUCGCACUUGGUAAAUCAAAUACCCAAGUUUCCAAUUCUUCGUUUUACCCUCUGGGAAAAGAGCAUUCUAUUUCCAAAAAACCAGAAGCACAUAGUCCUAAGUCUGAAGAUUUGGGAAGGAUUGAGAGUUCACCCCAUGAAUGCAUUGAGAUAGAAAGUGUUGGAGAUUGUAAGCAGUAUUACAGUAAUCCUGGAAAUUCUUCAGGACAUUCUGGAUUAGUAAAUAACAUUUCCCUGUUAAGAUCUCUGUCUGAACACAGUACAGCUUUAGAAAGCUUGGAAAUGCUGAAAAAGAAAAAUACAUCUUCUAAACAAGGAACUCAGCAGACAUAUGCGCCAGAUAGCAGUCCUGAAGCUUGGAAACCGCUUACUACAGUAAUUUCACAAGCUAUACCAAAGUUUCCUCAUCUGAACCAGGAUUCUCAACAGAUGCUAAAAGAAGAUAAAUUUGCAAAUAAGCCACUUGAGUCCUUGCAGUUCUUUACCUUGGGAAGUGAAAAAAAGAACGCUUUUCCAGCUGUUAUUCCUAAACAAAUAGAGACCUGUGACCCUAAGUUCCCAAAUAAAGAAAACUUUCUAAAAGGAGGUACUGGCUUUAACAUUGAAGACAAUUUUCAAAAGAUAGCACAGUCUGAUACGGACUCCAUUGAAAAUGACUCAAUUUUAGGUUUCCUUCCUAAAGAUUCAGAACAUUCAGAAUAUCAUUAUUUGGAUUAUAAUUUCAAAUCAGCAGAGAGGACUGUGUGUGAAGCAAAUAAGGUGACAUCACCAGAACAAAAGAUCUCUACAUCAAGUCCUGUUUCUACUUUUUCUUUGACCUCAAGAGAUGAAGAUUUCAUGCUAGAAUUCUCCGAGGAGUCCCUGAAAGCAAGAACUUUUCUUGGAAUGAAAAGACCCAUUUCUCUGGAGAAGAAGAACCUUCAAAGGCUUCCAUUACAGCAGGAUUUUAGCAGUCAGGAUUUGGUUUCCAGAGAGACAGCACUUUCUCUGAAUCUAGAACAGACUUCCAAGACUGAAGAAAUUCAGAAUGUGUUAGGAGAGUCUGCCUGCUACAACUGCAGUGUAACAGGACAUGUACAGGAGAUAAAUGCCUCCGAGCUAUCAUUCCCAAGUGGGCAGGAAAUAAAAUCUGCUUAUCUUCCCCAAAGGCAAAUUCACAUACCAGCUGUUUUUCAGUCUCCUGCUCAUUAUAAGCAGAUUUUUACAUCUUGUCUCAUAGAACAUCUAAAUAUAUUGCUGUUUGUGUUGUCACAAAGGUUGUACAAAGCUCUUUCAAAAGUUGACAUAUCAUUUUACACAUCUUCAAAAGAAGAGAAACAAAAAAAUGUAGAAAAUAAUGUGCCAUCCUGCCAUCAUCAUCAACCUGCAAAACUUGUCAUGGUUAAAAAAGAAGGUCCAAAUAAGGGUCGUCUCUUUUAUGCCUGUGAUGGACCCAAAGCUGACCGAUGUAAAUUUUUCAAGUGGCUUGAAGAAGUGUCUCCAGGAUAUUCAACACAAGCAGAAUCUCGACCCAGCAUGGUUUUAAGUGAUAUAAAGAGUAUUGGCUUAUAUUUAAGAAGUCAAAAGAUACCACUGUAUGAGGAAUGCCAGCUUUUGGUGAGAAAAGGAUACAAUUUUCAGGGAAAACGGUAUGGCAAACUAAAAAAGUUUACUACUGUAAAUCCUGAAUUUUAUGAUGAACCUAAAAGCAAAUUGUAUCUUAAGCUGAGUAGGAAGGAAAGUUCUUCAACUUACAGCAAAGAUGAUCUUUGGGUGAUUUCAAAAACCCUGGACUUUGAACUAGAUACUUUUAUUGCCUGCAGUGCUUUCUUUGGGCCGUCAUCUGUCAAUGAGGUGGAGCUACUGCCUUUGAAAGGCUAUUUCCCUUCUAAUUGGCCCACUAACACAGUGGUCCAUGCAUUAUUGGUUUGUAAUGCUAGCACAGAGCUGACGUCUUUGAAAAACAUUCAGAGCUACUUUAAUCCAACUACUCUACCUCUAACGCAGCACCUGUUAACAAUGUCUUCACCAACUACAGUUAACAACAAGAGAGUCAAUAAAAGAAAAUUUAUCCCACCAGCCUUCACAAAUGCCAACACAAAAUUUGAACUAAGCCCAGGAACAUCACUGCAGUUAGCUAGUGAGUUAAUUCAGGUGCACAAGUUAAACAAGGACCAAGCUACAGCUCUAAUUCAAAUAGCUCAGAUGAUGACAUCACACGAAAGUGCUGAAGCGGAGGAACUACGAACCCCUACCCUCCCUAUCACAAUCAUACAUGGUGUUUUUGGAGCAGGAAAGAGUUAUUUGCUGGCAGUGGUGAUUUUAUUCUUCGUACAGCUAUUUGAAAAGAGUAAAGCUUCUACAGUUGGAAAUGCAAGACCGUGGAAAGUUCUGAUUUCUUCUUCCACUAAUGUAGCUGUUGACAGAGUACUUCUUGGGCUUCUCAGUCUUGGAUUUGAAAAGUUUAUCAGAGUUGGGAGUGUUAGGAAGAUUGCCAAGCCUAUUUUACCUUAUAGCUUGCAUGCUGGCUCAGAAAAUGAAAGUGAACAAUUAAAAGAACUACAUGCACUAAUGAAAGAAGACCUGACUCCUGUGGAAAGAGUUUAUGUGAGAAAAAGUAUUGAGCAGCAUAAACUGGGAACCAACAGAACUCUGCUGAAGCAGGUUUGCAUCGUUGGAGUUACCUGUGCAGCGUGCCCAUUCCCAUGCUUGAAUGAUCUUAAAUUUCCUGUAGUUGUGCUGGAUGAGUGUAGUCAAAUAACUGAACCAACUUCUCUCCUUCCUAUUGCAAGGUUUGAAUGUGAAAAGCUGAUUCUUGUUGGGGACCCCAAACAGCUGCCUCCUACUAUUCAGGGUUCUGAUGCUGCUCAUGAAAAUGGAUUGGAACAGACUCUUUUUGAUCGACUUUGCUUGAUGGGUCACAAGCCAGUUCUGCUGAGAACCCAAUACCGUUGUCAUCCUGCAAUCAGUACGGUUGCUAACGAUCUGUUCUAUGAAGGAAACCUCAUGAAUGGCAUUUCAGAAACAGAGAGGAGCCCUUUAUUGGAAUGGCUACCAACCCUGUGUUUCUAUAAUGUCAAAGGACUUGAACAGAUUGAAAGAGAUAACAGCUUUCAUAAUGUGGCAGAAGCUGCUUUUACACUCAAGCUGAUUCAAUCACUGAUUGCAAGUGGAGUAGCGGGCUCUAUGAUUGGGGUGAUAACAUUAUACAAAUCCCAAAUGUACAAGCUUUGUCAUUUACUCAGUGCUGUGGACUUUGAUCAUUCCAAUAUUAAAGCUGUCCAGGUGUCCACAGUGGAUGCUUUUCAAGGAGCUGAAAAGGAGAUCAUUAUUCUGUCCUGUGUAAGGACAAGACAAGUAGGAUUCAUUGAUUCAGAAAAAAGAAUGAAUGUUGCAUUGACCAGAGGAAGGAGGCAUUUAUUGAUCGUCGGAAAUUUAGCCUGUUUGAGAAAAAAUCGACUAUGGGGACGUGUGAUCCAACACUGUGAAGGACGAGAAGAUGGAUUGCAACAUGCAAGCCAAUGCGAACCACAGCUGAACCAUCUCCUUAAAGAGUAUUUAGAAAAACAAGCAGAAGAAAAACAGAAAAAAAAGAGUGAAAAAGAGAAAUCUCAAAGUAAAUCUCUUUCACAAAAAGACAUUGUAUAGAUAAUGUAUAUUUAUGUAAAUUCAAAUUCAUUUUGCAACCUAUAUUUUUUAUAUUUUUAUUACUGCAAAACUCUUGCUAUGGGGAAAAAAAAACUUGAUCUCUAUGAUAUUUAAAAAACAUAUUAAAUAAACUUAUCCAAAAAGUUUUCCUAUUCAAAACAGUACAAAUAUUUAUAGUAAG